AUGUUUCUCCCAAAAGUGGUCAUUACAUUGUUAUUCUUUUCAAUGGCAACAAAAGCCGCGCGGAUAUUAGCAUUUUUUCCUUUUCCAUCAAUUAGUCAUCAAUACGUGUUUCGUCCACUAACUCUGGAACUGUCCAGACGAGGCCACGACGUAACUGUAGUCACAACAGAUCCACGUUUUGCACCAGGAACGUCACCGGAAAACUUCACAGAAAUUGACGUCCAUGAAAUAUCUUAUAAUAUUUUCCAAAAAAUUAUCAAUUCACAUACGGGUGAGGAAAACAAAUCAUUAUUUUAUAUCAAACUGAUGAUGGAACUUUUGACAGAUGUCUUAAAAGCCCAACUGCAAGUUCCAGAAGUCAAAAGACUUUUAAAGGAAAAAUUUGACCUGUUAAUCGUGGAAGCAGUUGUUACUCAAGCACUAGCUUUAGGGCAUAUUCUAAAUGUCCCAAUUAUACAAAUAAGUUCAUUAGGAUCUGUCCCUUAUCAGUUUCGCGAUAUGAGUGGUCCUGUCCAUCCGUUAUUAUACCCAAGCUGCUUAAGUUUUAAAAUACACAACACCAGUAUUUAUGACCAACUUAUGGAAUACGAUAGAUAUAUAAAACUAUAUGAUAUCUUUAUUACAAGUCAAUAUAAUGAGAUACACGCUUUGAGAAGAUAUUUUGGUAAUGAUUUACCACCCUAUGAAGAAUUAGUAAAGCGUGUACAGCUUUUGUUUCUGAAUGAGCAUCCUAUAUGGGGCCAUAAUAGGCCAAUCCCUCGAAAUCUUGUCUACAUUGGAGGAAUUCAUCAAAGGCCUGAAAAAGAAAUUAGCAAGGAACUGAAAACUUUCUUAAACUCUUCUUCGAAUGGAGUAAUAUAUGUUAGUUUUGGUACUAGCAUCAAAACAUCAGCAUUGCCGUCAGAAAAAGUGCAAAUAAUGGCAAAUGUUCUAUCUAAAUUACCAUACAACGUUUUGUGGCGUUUUACUGAAGAUACUGUACCGAUCCAAUCGAAAAAUAUCAAGUUCAGUAAAUGGUUUCCACAGCCAGAUCUUCUGAAACAUCCCAACGUUAAGCUUUUCAUCACUCAGGGUGGUUUACAAUCAACAGAGGAAGCUAUCAACGCAGGAGUACCACUCGUUGGUUUUCCGAUAUUGGGAGAUCAAUGGUACAACGCGCAGAAUUAUUUGGUACAUAAAAUUGGUCUUCAAUUGAAUAUUAUGACACUUACAGAGGAAGCUUUUAGACACAGCGUCGAAACAGUUAUAAGUGACAAAAGUUACAAAGAGAAUAUUUUGAAAUUAAAACAGCGAAUGAGGGAUUGUCCAGUCAAACCACUAGAUUCAGCAGUCUGGUGGGUGGAACAUAUUCUUCGACACGGCAGCUCCCAUUUGCAAUCAUUUGCUGUGGGAAGAACGUCUAUUAGCGAAUAUUACGAAUCGACAUUGGUUUUACUUUGUCUGCCCUUGCGUGAUUCUGCAGAGUGA